AAGGUCUCGAUCCCUGUAUUCAAGACCCGACAUGUUCGCGUCUUUCGGGAUUGAUCUAGAUUUAUCAAAAUCUGUUACUUUUACAUAUUUGAUUAAUAUAUUGUUGCACUUUUUAUUUACACUAGCCUCAGAUACGAGUUCACAGAAAGAACAGAUGCACAUACGACAUGAAAUAUGACAUCGGGUCUGGAACUGCACGAAGCGGCCUCUGUUGGCGAUUAUGAUACACUAGAGGAACUUGUUUUUAGCAAAAAGAUAGACAUUAACCUGAGAGACCCUGAAUGGCAGGACAGGACGGCUCUGCACUGGGCUUCCGCUAAAGGUUAUGUGGAAUGCUUGCGUCUUCUGCUGGACCAUGGAGCGGACGGACUUGCGCGCGCAGACAUGAAUUGGACGCCUGCACAUUUUGCAUGUGAGACGGGGAAACUCACGGUAUUGCGAGCUUUAGUCGCAGCGGAUGUUCCCGUGUACAAAAGGGACAAGUAUGGAGACAAACCCGCCGAUAUCGCCCGGAUGUACGGAUACCACGACUGUGUCAAGUAUCUGCACCAAGAAGAAAUAAAUCAAAAACAAAGACGAGUACAGAAGGGACUUCCGGAUAAUUCUGACGACGAAUCGCAGUUAGAGCCCUGACUGGAACUUCCGCUGUAGAACUGUGUUCAAAGUUUUCAAACGGCGUAAUCAAAAUUUUUUUUGAUAAUGUCUUUUUUUGUACAUGAAUGUUUGUUUUGUUAUGUUUUUGUUCACUGAGUACUUACAUGUAUUUUUUCUUCUUCUAGAGUUAACGCAUGAAAUUGGAACAUUUUCUCAGUUCUUUAAAAACUCUAUAAAACAUACCGUGAUUCAAACUUGUAAGGAGAAAUCUUCUAAAAUGUUGCUGCAGAACUGUAGCUCAUUGGGGAUGGGGAGGGGGGGGGGGGGGGUCAGAGAGCUGCAUUAACUGCAGUGACGUAAAUGAUAGUGGUUCUUCCUCGAAUGUGUUCCAAAAAUCUCAGAGUCAAAACUUGAGAAUCUCAUGAUUCGUGAAUGUGUCGUAGGGUGUAAUUGGAUUGCUAAUUACGAUAGUAACUCGAGGCAUGCAUGUUCUACCACAACAUCAAUGAAUUUUGAUAUAAUCGUACUAUAAUAUUUAUUUUGAUAAAUUAUUGUCACGUUCUUAUUUAUUAUAUAUUAAAAGCAAUAUUUCUUAC